GGGUCUACAAGAAAGAUGAACGUGAGACCUCUAAACACAACAGAUUAACCCUAUUCAUUAAACGACUAGGCACUCUUGAUAAAUGCCAACCGGACUGUCCAAGAGGACCAUCACUCCAUGGCAAUGUUUUCCAGCCAAAUGACUUCCACUCCUUUCUCAGUGCGGGACAUAUUGAACCUGGAGCAGAAUCAGGAGGACAUGGUCUCUCUGGACAUGUCUCAGCGGCUGGACAGUGCUCUCCUUCCGACCUCAUCCUGCAUGCUGUCCACUUUCAAACAAGAGCAGUUCAUGGAAAUGCCAUCCGGAGCCUCUCUCUUCAGCGAAGACCUGCAUGACGACAAAGGCAACAAGAACUUCGGAACUGCUGCCUUUUAUGGGAAGACUUUCUUAGAAAUGGACUAUGUUAAAGACGCAAAGACGGAUGACACGUUUGAAGACAAAGAGAAAAAAGACAUCAGCUGCUCCCAGGAAGAUCCGAGUGAAGAUCUGAAGCUGGAUGAUGCGGAUCGACCCAAACAGAGGAAGAGGAGGAAGCCUCGUGUUCUCUUCUCUCAAGCGCAGGUGUACGAGCUGGAGCGACGCUUCAAACAGCAGAAAUACCUCUCUGCACCUGAGAGAGAUCAUUUAGCCAACGUGCUCAAGCUCACCUCCACACAGGUGAAGAUCUGGUUCCAGAACAGACGCUAUAAGUGCAAGAGGCAGCGUCAGGAUCAGACCCUGGAGAUGGUGGGCAUCGCCCCGCCGAGACGCAUCUCGGUGCCGGUGCUGGUUCGGGAUGGGAAACCGUGCCUGGGAGACACGUCCACGUAUAACACCUCGUAUAAUGUGGGGAUCAAUCAUUUCACCUACAACACAUACCCUGCGUUUAGUAAUUUCCCGAGUCCAGGCAACACGAACUACUCAUGUAACUAUCCAUCGAGCAUGUCCAGCAUCCCGCCCUCGCAGUCAAACAGCAGCUACAUGAACUUUGGAGUUGGGGAUCUGAAUAACGUCCAGGCUUCUAUCCAGUCCAGCAGCGGGGUUCCCUCACUACACGGCAUCCGAGCGUGGUGAAAAAAAAACCCGACAUUACCUGCAUGUCAUUUCUAUGGACAUUUACACUCAAACGAUAUUUUCAUAAUUGAUGAUUAUUUGAAUAGACCGAAUCCUGGCCGAGAAGGUUUUGCUCUGUCAGAUACAAGAAAGGUUCAUUGGCUUUAAUUUUUCCCGUAGGCUACUUUAAAAACUGUCUGAAUAAUUUGCCUGCACUUGAGUUAAAUGAUGAGAGAUUAACCGCACAAAGAAUAUAUUAUAGCCUAAUUUAUAAUUUUCACCAGAUUGUAGCCUAUUAUGAGGCCUGUAAAGCUCGUGC